GGAGAUGAAGAAACUGUCACAUUUUUCACCUCUAGGUGACGCUGUUCCUGUGACUUUGAUGUCACCUCAGUGAGGUGUUUCUUUCAUGUCACGUUGUUUCUCAUGUCUGUUGCAUCAAUUCCUGGUUGUUGUCCAAGGUUGUUCAGUUUGACUUGAGGCUAAUCUCAAGUCAUGAUGUGUUCUGAGAUCAAGUCCAAAAGUCCUGUGUUGGAAAAGGUUGGGAACUACAAGCGUACUGUGAAGCGGAUUGACGAUGGUCACCGGCUCUGCACUGACCUGAUGAACUGCCUCCAGGAGCGUGCCAAACUUGAAAAAUCCUACGCCCAGCAGCUGACGGACUGGUCCAAGAGGUGGAGGCAGCUGGUGGAUAAAGGACCUCAGUAUGGCACGCUCGAGCGAGCCUGGGUGGCACUGAUGAUUGAGGCGGAGAAGGUGAGCGAGCUUCACCAGGAGGUGAAAGGUAACCUGAUCAACGAAGACUUUGAAAAGUUGAAGAACUGGCAGAAAGACUCUUACCACAAGCAGAUGAUGGGAGGAUUCAAAGAAACCAAAGAAGCAGACGAGGGCUUCAGGAAGGCCCAGAAACCCUGGGCUAAAAAAUUAAAAGAGGUCGAGGCUGCCAAAAAGUUGUACCACCUGGCCUGCAAAGAGGAGAAGGUGGCGUCCACCAGAGAAGCCAACAGUAAAGGAGACGCCUCUGUGACAGCUGACCAGCAGAAGAAGCUGCACGAGAAACUGGACAAGUGCAAACAGGACUCCCAGAAGACAAAGGAGAAGUAUGAGAAGGCUCUGGAUGAGCUGAGCAACUGCACCCCACAGUACGUGGAGAACAUGAAGCAGGUGUUCGCCCAGUGUCAGCACUUUGAGGAUAAGAGGCUGAGCUUCCUGAGGGAGGUGCUGCUGGACGUCAAACACCAUCUGAACCUGGCAGAGAACCAGAGUUAUUCAACAGUAUAUGCAGAACUUGAACGCACCAUCACAUCAGCCAGCCCGCAGGAAGAUCUGAAGUGGUUCAGCCUGACCCACGGCCCUGGCAUGCACAUGAACUGGCCCCAGUUUGAGGACUACAACCCAGACCUUGCCCUCAUCUCUAAGAAAGAGAAGUCAAAGAAAGGUGAUGGAAUCACACUGACAAACAUCACACCAGCAGCUGACGGUGCUCAAGCUGUGGAGCGGAGGAGUGUCAGCAGUUAUGAAAAGAACCAGGGCUACACCGGCUCCACCGAGUGGUCAGAUGAAGACCAGACGGCAGUCAACUCCGACACCAACGGAGGCACGAACCCCUUCUAUGAGGAGCAGAGCCCAGGUGUGAGGGUGAAAGCGCUGUAUGACUAUGAAGGUCAGGAGCAGGACGAGCUCAGCUUCAGAGCAGGUGACGAGCUGAUGAAGCUGGAGGAGGAGGACGAGCAGGGCUGGUGUAAAGGUCGCCUAGACAACGGUCAGCUGGGUCUCUACCCGGCCAAUUACGUGGAGCCCAUCUAACCCUCAAAAGCUGGGGACACCUGUCUUGGACUGACAAAUCCAGUCCACUCCUGUCAUACCCGCACAUUGCCAGUUCUUAAAAAGACUUGAAAGUGAAGCUUUUUCAUGUUUUCAGUGGCACAGUGGGCUGUCGUCACCUCAGAAGAAAAGAUCCCGCUACACAAGUCCCUUUUUGUGUGUGUAGCUGUGCUUGUUUUCAGCUUCUAACACGUCGUACCAUAAAUGCUGCCGAGGCGACGGUGACCUGGUAUCGCCUGAUGUGCCUGAACAGCGAGAAUGAGCCAUGCAGUGUGUUUUCCAU